AAAGUUCUAACAUACACAGAUGACACGGCAAUGACAAGAUCAAUGGUACAGUCUUUGCUGGAAAACAAAGAAUUCAAUGCAAACGAUCUAGCUGACAGAUUUACCAAGGAGUACUUCAAUGAUCCAAGACGUGGAUAUGGUGCAGGGGUCAUCCACGUGUUUGAAAAGCUUUGUAGUGGAGAAUACAGCAAUGUCUUUACUCCAGCCAAAGAGCAGUUUAAUGGGAAGGGUUCUUAUGGAAAUGGAGCAGCAAUGAGAGCCGUGGCCAUUCCUUUGGCAUUUCCCAACGUGACAGAUAUUAUAGAGUAUGCUAAAACCAGUGGAAAACUGACACAUGCCUCCUCCUUGGGUUACAAUGGGGCAGUCCUGCAGGCACUGGCAGUGCAUUAUGCUCUGCAGGGUGAGCAGAGUCGGGAUUCCUUCAUCACCAGGCUCCUGGAUCAUAUGGGCGAAAUUGAAGCCGAUGACAAAUCUAGAAGUGAUGCAGUGGAAUUGGAACUGGGUGAGUUUCCAUACUGCAAGAGACUAAAGAAGAUUAAAGAAUUCUUGGAUGAAGGAGGUGUGCCACGGAAGGAUGUGGUGGAUCAGCUGGGUAAUGGAAUUGCUGCUUUGGAAUCCGUUCCCACCGCUAUAUACUCAUUCUUGCGCUGCAUGGAUCCAGUGGAAGACCUUCCUAUGGAAUUCAAUAGCUUACAACGCACUCUUGGUUACUGUUUCUUGCUAGGAGGAGACACUGACACAAUAGCUACCAUGGCUGGAGCCAUUGCUGGUGCUUAUCAUGGAGAAUUACAAGUUCCACAUGAGUGGAAACUCAAGUCUGAAGGUUACAAAGACGCAGAAAAUUGGGCUGAAGAAUUGCAUCAGCUGUACACCUCUCGCCUUACUUCCUGA